AAGGCUACUAGCUACGAGUUGCGGCGCGCUAUCCUCGGUAUACUAGUUAUUAAUCUAUCUAGACAACUAGGCAAGUUCGUCGUAUCUAAUAAAAUACUAGAACUGUAUAAUAGCGAAUAUAGUACUAUAUUUGCUCGCCUUACCAACUCUACGAGCGAUAUCGAAAAGACUAUUAAGCGGACUAUAUUAAAUCGCGAGUAUACUAAACGUAUUACUCAAACCCUACGGCCGCUAGUACCGGAAGGAACAACGUACUAUACAUCUAAGAAGACGGUCGUAGAUAUACUAAGCUACGUAUACAAGCUAGUUACCGAGGGCUUGACUAUAAGAUAUAAGAGCAAGGGCGCUAUAUCCGAUAACAUCUAUAGCAUCGGCAUCGCGAGGUUAGUAUAG